AUGUCCCCGUUCGAAUAUCGGAACGAGAACCCAGUGGUUGUCGUUACUGGACCAGACGGCGACCGCAACAACAACCGCAACUCGAGAAGAAUCAGCCCUAGUAAGAUUGGAUUUGCAUUUUCUUCGAAUUCUGAAAAUGAGGCGUCACCUAGCCAGUCCUCGCAGCGAACUAUUUCCGACUUGCUGCCAGAGAAACCUGUAUAUGAUCUUUAUCCUCAACCCCUGCGAUGGAGUCAACAGAAAAUCCCCAGGCCCGCGAGUGGUGCGACACUGUUUGAGGAGGAUGUCGUCAGGCCGAGAGGGGGCCCAGGCGCCCCAAGUCCGUUUAUGAAUCCCUCUGCCAUGCCAGCUCGAUACAAUUCCUUGCGACAGUACAACCGGGCUCCAAUGGCAGGCCUGCCCGACAAUCCGCGGGCCAUGAUGCAUGGAUUUGAGGGACGGCACAACGGUACCUUGACUCCGCGGAAUCCUGACUCUCGAAAAAAGCCUACAUAUGCCUACUCGGGCGCUGGUGUCCACCCGCCUCGCCGGGCCGACAUAUACGAUGCCCCGUCGUAUCACAACGAAUGGGAUGACCUCAUGCAUCAUGACAAUUAUGUUGACAGCUAUUGGCAACAGCCUGAUCAUGGAUACAUGGGUGGUGCGGGCAUGCCGUCGCCUCGAAACAUGGCGCGCCGCUCACUGCCACAGUCAAGCAGCACCGCAGUGAACAAGCCGAGCGGCGAGUUUUUUGAGACGAUCAACAUUAAUGAAAAUUCAGGAAGUCGCCGGACCUCGCGUCACUCGGGGAGUUUUAGACCGUUGUCCCCCCUAAAAGAAGUCCGAACACCCACCAAUGUCCCACCCAAGCGUGAUUACUUCCGUGGUGACGCACCCGUCAAUGAGCCUGGGAGUUCGCGCUCCACGGCGGCUGGACCAGCCCAUGAGAUAGUUUCUCGGCCCCGAAUUGUGCGGCAGGAUGAUAUUAAAAGGGUUCAGGUUCGUCGAGGCAAGCCACAACCUGCCGGACAGACUGUCCCGUAUACCCCGGACGACUACUGGCAUGAAAACGAGAGUGAUCCCCUAAUCCCUGAGCUCAAUUCUCACGCCCUAGUCAGUGAUUCUCGUUAUCCGAUCGAGAGGAUGGGUCGGAGAUCGACGAUAAGAGCUGUGCCGACCGAACGCAACUUGACGCCGUCCAGACAUGGCACCGAUCUGAUACUUCGCGUGGAAUGA